AUGGUUCACAAACGGCGUCCCUCGAAGGGGUCACAGAUGAUUAACGAGUCUCAAACCCAGUUUCUUUCCCUGGAUUGCGAUGAGAACAUCCUCCAGUCCAUCAUCCAUAACAUUGAUGCUAUUCAUCAGGAUGUAUCCCUACUCGAUUUGGAAAAUUCCCUACUUCCAUCUUCCCACCUCCCAGUUCUUGAUGUUGACGCAGCUCAAAUAAAACACGGUCAACAGUCUCAUUUCCCACUUUCCUCCGGCAACAAAAAAACAGCUUCCCGAGUGCCGAACUUGCAUUUGCCGCGUUCUAUCGUCCCGCAAUCAGACAUCUCAUCCCUCCAGCACUAUGUCCUAAUACCCAAUUCUGCUCUUAAUCAGACCAAACAUUUAACGUCGUUUAGUGACGUUCUGAAUGCUCCGGAACGGCCAGAAGGCAGAUACACAAUAGCGAUGGAGGCGGAGCGUGAAGCCACUGUAAUUAAAAAGGUCAACAAACUUAUUAAACGUGGUUUGUGGUCGCGGAACCGACUGCCAAAGGUGAUGGAACCCUCACAGCCACUCUGCCACUGGGACCAUCUUUUGGAGGAGGCCCGUUGGCUAGCUGAAGACUUCAGACAGGAGCGGCUGUGGAAGAAGGCCAUCGCAAAGAAGCUCGCCGACGCGGCCAUGAUGUUCUGCAUGAUCGGUUCAGAGUUAGCUCGAAGGAACGAAGAGGAGCUGGAGGAUUUGCGCCGACGUGGCGCUGCAAUGAUUGCCAAAAUGGUGCAAGACUGGUGGUCGGGCGUUUCAGAGACCGCGAGAGCGCUUUCACUUCUCUCCGAACAGCGCCAGUGGUGUGCAGCGUUACGACGGAACCGCGUUUUCCUCACUCAAUUCACUGAUGUCGGUGCUAAUUGGAUGUCCGAGGCAAUUUCUCGGUCAUCGCGUCCGCCGACCUCACCUCCUCUUUCAGCGUCAAAACAGGCAAUACCGCUGGUAUCGACUGUGGUUCUAGAGGAGGAGGGGGUGGAUGAGGAGUGGUUACCUCCAAGAAGUAGUGCUAGUAGUACCCUUAGCGGAAGUGUCGAGAGUCUCCCAGAUGCGGGGGUGCAAUUCAGUCCCGAUGGCUUCUCGUGCGGUCUGCAAUCACUUACGGGGACAGUAGCGUCGAUGUCACUGGACUCCUCACACAGUGAGGGCGACAGCGAAGACCAGAUUUCUGUGUCCACUGACUCCUCUGCGGCCUCCACGUUGGCCACGGAUCAGGAAGAUUUAUCUCAACUCAUUUCUGACGCUACUUUACCUCUGAAUGAGGUCUUAGAGCCCUAUUUGUCUAAUGGAUGGCCUCUACAACCUCCCCUUACUGAACCGCACACUUGGGAUACGGAAUCGUCCUACCAAUCGAUCGUGAACGCUCUUCGCCACGAAGCAACACUGCCCCUUCGGCAGCUUCUACCCCCUGGCUACCAUCCCAUCAUCCCCUCCGCUCUCGGAAUGAACGGGUCAGAUGGUAUUCCGGUACGCCGUCGGCAGCCUUUACGUCGAUCUAACCGCCCUGCUCUUGUGAACGGCUGUUCACCCCACGAUGAAACUAUGGACGUGAUGGCUGAUGGGGUGCUGGAUGAUGAGAUAGAUAGGGAGGGUGAAGUGAGAUCGGAGACGUCGGCAGAAGCUGACUCCAUGGAGAUUGAUGGGUGUCCUUCCGACUCGGAAGUUUCAGUGGCCUCUUCAUCGAUAACGGCGGCUGCGCAUCUCUGGAAUUCUACAACCGAUUCGGCAGCGAUGCCGGUGACGUUGUCGCCCGGCGAAUUGGCUAGAAGAGCGCGAAAACUGUCACAUUGGAGGACACAGGCUCCCUCCAGACGUCUCCUUCAGUCGCGUUUGCCUGCUUUUGGACCUACCUGUCGAGUGCCUUUUCUGCCCACCUCUAAUCUCUAUUCUGGGGUCUCGUGGCUGAGCGCUACCUACUCUCACCAAGUGCCCACCUGCCUAGUCACCUACUCCAUGCCUUCCGCCGAUGCGGAGCUCUGUCUUGCCGUUCACAUUGGCCAGUUGGCGGUGUCCAAUGCCGAUGGUAACGGUAUUGGUGACUGGGGACCCCACCUCAUUAUCUGCCCUACCGUCCUUCUGCCCGCCUGGCGCGCCCGCCUCGCUGCGGUGUGCCCGGGCCUCCGCGUCCACUGCGUGCUAGCCAACUCGCGUGGAGGCACUGGGCGACGCUUGAAGUUGGGCAUUGCCCAACAGAGUAUCCACAUCUGCCUGACGACCUAUGCGGCGCUGAAGUCACGACCCUCGAGAUUUGAGGGUGUGCACUGGCAUUUGGUCAUUCUGGAUCAGGUUCAACACCUCAUCAAUCCUUCACCGUUGCAUGGUGACAACACGACCAUUUCGCACACGGGCACAAGCGAACAGGGCAAUGUCAUCGGCAGUUGUGGUGGAAUUACGGGUGAGUUAUCGACUGGGAACACCAAUCCCGCACACCACCCCUCAGAGACCUCUAUCUUCCCCGAUCUUGUUCGCCUUCUUCUCCACCGACUCCUGCCCUCCGCCCGCCAACGUGUCUGCAUUUUCACCGACCUCUACGAACCUCGUACUGCUCAUCUGAAAACCCUCCUCAGUCUCCUCCUUCAGUCAUCUUGCAAUAUUGGCGAUGACGAUAGUAGCUUUGUUGAAGAGGUAGUGCGACAGGCAUCCCUGAUUAAACCAGAGCAGGGUGCUGUGGCAACGCGGGACGAGGUAGUGCGAGCCUUAGAACCCUUCCUCUAUCGCUUUCUUGAUGAGGAAGAGGAUGAAGAUGAGGAUGAAUCAGCAACGAGAAGUAGUAAUCGAAUAGAGGACCUAGUUCGGAUUGAUGUCAUCUCUGACCAUCUAACCGACCAACAACGCGCUCUCCACGACCGCAUUCUAACCGAUAAAACUUGUGAACGUGCAGUGAGGUCGGGUCACCUCUCUGAUCUCCUCAUCUGUCUGUCAGCGGGUGCGCGCCUCUGCUCUCACCCUUGGCUUCUCAGCUGUUUCGAUGAAGCCGCGCAGUGGUUGCUGCAAGAUCGACAACCUGCGUUCUCUCCUCCCCUCAUUGCCGUCCCUGGUCUGCGUUUUGAUGGACCUGCAUCUCUUUUGUCGCUACGACGCACAGAUGAUGAAAUUACACAGUUUAUGUUGUACCUCCCAUCAGCGCUACAAGCGCCGGCGCAUGUACGUUCACGAUUGAUGCAAUUGUUACCGGAUGCGGAGCAGUUGAAACACUCACUGAUCACACCUCGCCCCUCGAAGCGGGCUAGUGAGAACUCUGGGGUCUCCUUUUCGGCAAUGAAGAGACUGCGGAGGGCACAGGAAGUGACAGCGCUGGAGGGGACAGAAGAGCAGGAAGGACCUUUCAUCACUCGGGAUGCUCUCCGAACGGUUCUCUUGGAGACGGCGAAAGCGUUGUACGCAGCGAAUAAAGCCUCCGCCGAGCCCAUGGGCGUUCAAUUGAGUUUGCCGAGGGAGAUAAAAUCGCCCCUUCCUGUUACAACUGAUCUCACCGAGCAGGACUCGUCCGCAGCUCCAAAUCCCAUCCUCAUCGCUGAAGCCGAGAGCCGGCUGCAUCAAUUGCUGUGGCAGUACCAACGAACUCGACUGGAACUGGAGGGUCACACAGACUGGUGCAGCGCGGCAACAAUGAGUCGUAUCCACGCCCUCUCACGUGAACCCUCUCUCCUCCCUUCUGGAGUCAAUGUCUUCCCCGCUUUACCCUUCAUCGAUUCCUCCCCCUCCUCCGAGCUUUGUCGAGUCGUGCAGGACCGAUUUGAGCAGUUGCCCUUUCUCAGUUCGUCCUUCGGCCUACUUUGUACUCGUGACAGAGUUAUUGGUCUGCCUUCACAGCUUUCGGAUGUGUCCUCAUGUCCUCAAACAUCCGUGGAUGUAAAGAUGGCUAUGGACCGAUUUUACCCCCUCUUGUCCUCCACCCGGUGGCUUUCUCCCCAUACAGUACCUCAUCUUCUGCCCUACUUCCUCACCGCCUCUGGCAAAAUACAACGGCUGCGCAGCCUUCUGCUCGAUCUAGUUCGAUCACCGUCACCACCGCCGCAACUUACUGAGACAAAAUUGCCACAACAAUGCCCAAAUCGACGCUCUCUCUCUCGUCCCCGUGUCAUCUUCCUCCUUUGUCACCGCACUGCAUUCCUCGACCUCCUCGCCGCCUGGUUGUCCACCGAUCCGUACCUGGCCAAUCUUGCUCUGCGUCGCGCACCUAUUGAUCACCUAGAUGCUGACGAUGGAGCGAAUUCGGUGAUGCCAGCGGACGAUGGUCGUGGCGGAGUUGGGGGAUCGUUGUGGAUGGAGCAGGUGAACGCCUGGCCUGGUGGCACUCAGGGUCCUCUCCUUGUUCUCCUCCAUGCCCGUUCCCCACCUCUCUCUGUCGCUGGCUUGCGGACAGGGCCGGAUACACGUCUCGUCAUCUGCGACGCGGAUUGGCGAAAAGAUGUUGUCAGUACGGUUAAAUCAAAGCUGCGCUGCUGGUCAAUAAACGGGUUAGUAGACGUGCCUCCGAGGGCCCGCUGCAAUGAACCCCUUCCACCUCUCCUCCAAGCCUACCGACUGGUUACAGAGUGGGAGAGUGGGGACAGUGUGGAGGCCCGUCUAGUCAAGUCGACGGCCAUCCAACUCCUCCCUGACUCGGUUUUCAUGACCGCUUCGCCCCCCGCUGCUGCUACUGUGUUCGCGUCCACCGUCAGAUCACGUGGCGCUAUUGCCGCAUUGCCACUGCUAUCUCCCCCUUCCUCUCGGGUGCAGCCGAACGUGGUACAACAGUUGGUCUCGUGUCUUCGUCGGCGCGCCCUUUGGCGCAGCAAGGCGGCGCGGCCACCUUUGCAAUCGCAAGCCUCCUCGGCCACCCCGAUGCCCCCGCUGGACUCAGACGGAAUGGAGGAGGAGGCGACUACCACACAGGAUGAGGAGUCGGAUAAUGCCUCGCUUUUCCAUAAACGGGAACCAAUUCAAAAGGAUUUGCUCAUUCAGUGCUUUGACCUCCAUGAGCCGCCACGAGAUGUUCAAGCUUGGUGUUCCAGCCUCGCUGAGUCCGCCGCCAUAGCCGCAGAGAUGCACAGAGACGAUCUGAGUUCUCAAUUGGAGGCGGCAGUUUCGCCACCAAUCUCGGAAGAUGCUCUUUUCACCACCGGUUCCGAUUCCUGUGGUGACGUCUUAUUUCACCAACCUCCAGUUAAGCUUGCACCAUCCGAGGUCCUCGAGACGUGGGAGUUGGAUCAGGCCAGCUGGAGAGAGACUCUGGAAGCCGUCAUGGAGUUGACUAUGGGCCAAGGGGAGUCUCUCUUCUACUUGCCCCCUGGAGAGGGUGUGAAGAGUGUGAUCGAGGAUGAAAUCACUGAUGAGAAUGAUCUACCCAUUGAGGAUGCUUUUAAGCUACCGCUCUGGGUGCCCUCUUUCUUUGAGGACCCCGAGUUCUGCAAAGAGCCUCUUCCCGCUCCCUUCGACAGACUCAAUCUUUCCAGAGACGCCACCCAACCUCGCACCAACUCCUCGUCCUCUGCUACCACUUGGGGCUACGCCUCCGAGGCAAUGACCGAAGCAGAGCUACCUCCUCUUUCUACCGCCGUACCUCCGCUAUUUGAUUCCACUAACACCACCGCUGCAAGAUAUCCCGGUGGUGCUAGUGGAAGCCCUGCUGUCGGUGUUUCCGCCGCCACUAAAUCGUCAGUCGAAACCGCAUCGCCGGCCAUGAGCUACGCACUCAAACGAUCGGCCGUCGCGGCGCUCUCCGCUCGCAAUAGCGUCAGUGCAAGUGGUAGUCGCGCUACUGCACCACCCGCUAAGAAACGCAAGCUCACUGGAGCUGCUGCGAUGGCUGCUAGACGUGCAGCCAGUAACAAGGCUGCUGCCGCUGCUGCCGCUGCUGCUAACUCUCCUGUCGUAACUGGUGGUAGCGGUAGAAGAACAUCGCAUUCAGAGGGUGACGAAAAGCCGCCGUUUGGUGCUUCCGCACAGGAUCAAUCCGAUCUCCCUCCCACCUCAUCCUCCGGCACCGGUACGGGCACUGUCUCUACCACCGUCUCCGGAGCUGUCACCCCAACAAUCGCUCCCACCGCCAUUUCCACUACCCUCACCUUGACUCUCCCUUCCAACCAGAAGAUCUCCAUUCCACGUCCCUUCUGCUCGCGCGAUCUACGAGCCAUCGCUGGAGGCGCGGUGGGCACUGUCAAUCAAAGUGGUGGUGUUGGAAGCGGCGGUGCCAGUGCUGUAGGCACCCCUUUCAGUCCCGCUGCGCGAAUUCGUCGCGUGACAUCGUCCACCUCGGCCACACUUUCGGCACGCCUCGGUGGUUUUGGCGGCGGCUCCACUCCAGCAGCUGCUAAUGGUGCAGCAGGAGUAUUUUCAGCCCUCAAUAACCCCCAUCUCCUUGCUAAAUAUGCCAUUACGUCGACAGGGAAGUCAGCUGCUGCUGCUGCUGGUCAGAGGCAGGGUUCCCACUCCUCCUCCGGCCUGGUGUCCUUCAAAUAUGGCUCCUCGUCGACUGCGGGGCAUCCCCAAUCAUCGUUCAAUGAUGUCAAACCCCUUGAGUGGUCACCUCUGGAGGAGGCUGCUUUGUUGAUGUGUACCACUAAACUCCAAGACAUUCCCCUCAAUGGCAGCAACUCGUGUCAUUCUCACUCCCACUAUCAAGUAGCAGCUGCCUCUACCUCUUCACGAAUGCCUAAUUUCCGUCUUGUCGAGUUUUUCCUCAACAACUUUCAUGCUACCCGCGCCUACCGCAGCUGUCGCCAAUGCCUCCUGGCCUACUACCGCAUACUCUCUGCCCUCGUGACCUCCUCUGUGGCCGACUUGCUACUUCCGCUUGGUGAUGAAGAUGGGUCGGUAUCGUCCUAUGCCCACCAUCUGCAGCACCAACAUCAUCACCAGCAGCAGCAUGGGUCGUCGACGGGUGUUGGACGGAAGGUGAAGAACAAGUUGAAGAGUGGUCUCUCCACCCCUAUCCUGCCGUCUUCAUCCAGUCCGCUGGAUCAAAACAACUCUGUUGGUGGUGUGUCAAACGACUUUACAACCGUCGCCGGUGGCGCCAGCGCCAGUCCUGCCAACAAGUUGAGGGGCUACCAGUACUUCCUGCACCUUGAGUCACAGCUCUCUUCCCUGGGCACCGCCUCUACUCAACCUUCAGGAGGCUCUGCCACCGUCACCACUUCCGCUCCCACCACCAGCCCGCUAGACAAUCAAAUAAUCAGCAUUCUUCGCAAGUGUAUACGCGAGGCGACGCCCAAGUCAGCGAGUUCUAGUAGUCUCCACCACCUCCAUCAUCUUCAUCACCAUCCUGGUGCCUCUACAAUAAUUUCUUCUCAUCAUCCUCAGACGCAAGCGCAGCAGCGAAUGGGCGGACCAGCGACCGCUGCGACAAUGUUGAUGCGCAACGCUGCGGCGGCUGCUGCGGCCGCAGCGGCUGCUGCUUCGGCCUCGCAAGUACCACCACAACUGCCUAGCGGAGCUACGGUGAUUCAAAAAAAUCCGUCACAUAUUGCUGCUUUGCAGGAGCACAACAUCAGUCCAGACACAUUGAUCACACCGGCGAUGGUAAUCAAGAGCAAGGAGGAACGCGAGGCACGUCAGCGAACAGAAGCUGUUGCAGCAGCAGCCGCUGCUGUAGCUGCCGCCGCUGUUGCCUCUUCUUCCGCCUCUCCCACGCCUUCCAGUGUUUCCUCAAUCACUGUGGUAGCUACUUCUACGCCAUCUGUGGCUGUGUCUGGCUCUGCCGCCGUUGUUGUUGGUUCCGCCAACACUCCGGGUGUGCUCCCCGCUGCUCGCAUUCACCACCACUCUCACCAACAGCAUCCGACUAUCGUUACUAUUUCUGGAACCGGCAGUCCUGGUGGUAGUUCAAGCAUUCAACGUUCAGCAAGCAUCUUGCCCUUCUCUACGGCCGCAUCAGUCAGCUACCAUGGUGGCAGUGGUGCCUCUCCGACGGUCUUGCGUUAUACUGCAUCGGGAUCAAUGGGCGCUGCCACGCGUCAAGUGCCUACUACUACCGCCACCACUACGGGCAUUUUGCGCCGUGUUGGUUCCAGUGUGGUCGGUGCUAAUGCUCAGUCGGUGUUUGCUGUCACACCUGCCACGGCCUCUGGCGCUACCCAUGUGAUCUCAAAUACAGGAGGCACGACAAUGGUCCGCCGUGGUGUGACCUUGUCUCCGGCAGGAGUCUCGCAGGCAGGCGGUGCCACAGGUGCGAGUGGUGGUGGUGCUGGAGGGGUCACGGUGCUGGCCACUGCAAGCGGCGCACGACCUGCCUCAGUGAUCUACCAUCACCAUCAUCACCAGACCACUGCUGCCACACCCACUGGCAUCACCCUCUUGUCAGCAGGAGCUCAAGCUCUUCCACAAAUCAUCAGACCGCGACAGCAGUUUCGUCCGGGCACCGCUCUGCCCGCGCAACGGUUCGUUCGUACACUUUCCGUAACGCCCGCUGGCAGUGGUAUAGCCACACCAGGUGCGGUCCAAGCAACGACGACACCGGUUCACCGCACCCGCGACGGUCUCUUUACCUCUCCCGUCCAACAGCAGACACAGCAACGUGGAAGCGGCGGUAGUGGUGUAGUUGUUCCAGAGUCGCAGCUUCUCCUCUCACGCAUCCACCCCGUUUCCAGCGCUUCUCGUCGCCCCGCCACGGCCGCUACCACCACCACCACUGGUGGCGCUAGGCAACAGCAACCAGGUGUGAUUCGGUGGGUGAGCAGAUCGAUGGACAAAAGGCAGGGCGGGUGGAUGGGCGGGGCCGAAAUGAGGAGUCGUAAAUACAUCCUCGCUAAUGUUCGGCAGGGCGCGCAUCAAUGCACGCGACGUGUAACCAAUCAGGGCGCGCGACCUCAAAGGCAUGCUCGUCCGUGCAUCCCCGUACAGUUUGAAAGAGACCCAUUCAUGCGUGCCCACGCGCGUGCACGCACAUACGUACGCACAGAACGCAUGCGCACCAAUUUCAAAGUUGGCAGCCGCAUGAAUGGGAGGGAGGGCGAGAGGCGUGGAGAAAAUGAGUUGUGCAUGUGGGAUAUCUGCAUGAAAUAG